GGCCAGAGCCCACAUAGGCACAGCCGCACAGACAACAGCAGGGAGUAGCCUGUAGCCAGGCAAAGCCCCUGCCCCGCGCCCCGUCCCCGGCGAGAUUGCUCGGCUGCUCGCUAGAUGCCGGGGCACACUCGCCACCGCGGUAGAUCGCACGGGAGCGACGACCAUGACCUCCAUCCCAGUGUUGUUGCCGAUCCCCAUCUCGCUAACGAGGCCGGAUCCUCCAGGAAACAAGGAGCAGCCAGAAUACUUUCAGAUUCAUUGUUUGGUGGGGAGGGGCUUUGUUCAUCCAUAAGUGUGGGCAGCACCCCAAUGAAGAUGCUGAUAGAUGAUGAAGUCUCAGGAGAUGUCAGGCAUGCAUCGCCAAGUAUUGUAGGAAGGCUUAUGGGCCUUGACACGAUGCCUUCAUUUGGAUACCAUAGCAACAGUACAUGCGGGAUUUGUUCACAUUUCAUGUCGCCUGGGAGUUAUUGUGACAAAUAUGGUUUCUCUGGAGAUGUUCCAAAUAGGAUAAGCACUGAUCAUAUUCUAGAAUUCAAAGAUGUUUUCGAAGUUAUGGAGUCUGCAAGGAUGAAGACUCAGAGCCUAAGUUCUGGAUGCCUGAACACCUGUUCUGGACCAGACAAGGUUAACAGUGCUGAGAUGAACUUCCUGAGGCAGAAAUUUAUGGAUGCAAAGUGUCUUUCAACUAAGGAAUCUUUUAAGAGAUUGAAAGAGUUCGAUGGUGCACUUGAGGCAUUGGUAUUGAAUAAAGAUCUUUUGUUGGAAUUUCUUCAAAAAUCCAACAAUAUUCUGAUGAAAGAUUCUACUGAUAUCAGUCGUUCUCCAUUUUCUGCUGUAAACCGUAUUACCGUGUUGAAACCAUCCAGAAGAAAUAAGUUUGUUGAUGCAGAUAUUAUUUAUCCACCAGAAGAUACUACAAUGUGUUGUUGUGCACCAAAAGGAGCGAAGCAUUCUCCAACGAAUCCUUGUGCUAACCAUUGUAGUCAACCUCUUGAAGAGGAAACUAGUUCUUUCAGACAGAAGUUUUCAAGGUCAAGCUUCAAGGAAAGGAUUGACACACAUUGUUCUCCCACUCGCAUUGUUGUCUUGAAGCCAUGCCUUGGCAAAACUGAAGACAUGGAAGGAGCAUUUCCACUAACACAUGAAAUGUGCCAGUCUAGUUACAGAAAGUCCAAAGCACCCCUUGAUUAUGGCAGUGCUGCUCAGAGUCGACAUACAGAAGAAUACAUGUAUAAGAUGCCAACACGAAAAUUUGAUGUGUUUGGCCCUGGUGGCAAAGGGUCAAUAGAAAUUGCCCGUGAAGUCACAAAAGAAAUAACAAGAGCUGUCAAGGGAGGCAUAAGUGGAAACCGGAUAUUCACUCCAGAUAUUGGGCCAUUUAGCUGUGAUGCACAAGCAUCUUUAUUAUCAUCCAUGGCAAAGCUAAAGAGUUCGGAAGCAUAUCAAAGAUCAAAUCGUAAAACAUCGAUCAGGAAGGAAGCAAAAAGACGCCUAUAUGAUAGAUGGAAGAUAACUCACCAAUAUCAGCACCCAUCACAAGAUGCUAAUUCAUUCCGUACACUAGGGGACAUGCUUGCCCUCUCUGACAAAGAGGUAUCAAAAUUUACUUCAGGAUCGUCAAUUUGCUGCGAAUGCCCAAAGGGAGAGUUGCAUAAGGAUGGAAUGCCAGGGUUGUGCGGUUAUCCUCUUGGUAUUAGCAGCAAUGAUGGUUGGAAAGAUGAGAAUGUGUGCAAUUCGACAAGGUUGAAGUCUCUUCCUUCAUCCAUCACCCAACAGUGCCUGAAGAUGACCAGCAGAAAAGAAAAUUAUAGGCUUGGUGAGUUCUCUGUACUCAAAGACAUUGUCAUAGUGGCACAUAAUAAUUCUGAAGAUGGGCUAGUUCGUGGAAGACCAAUGAGAUCACUGGACAGGACAUCAACGCGUCACUGCAAUGAAAGUGAUCUGCCAUCGCUGGAUGGAGAUGAAAAUAUGGUUACUGAACGUGAGAUACAUGUGAAUUUUGAAGAACCGGCUUGCAGUGUUGCUGUGAUAGAUUCAUCUGAAGAGAGACUUGUACAGCCUGCAAAUUCCAAACAUAUUUUAAGUGCACAAUGCUGUUUGGAUAGCAGCUACAUGGUUCCAGAAUGGCAAGAUGAGGACCAGGCUUCUGUUUCAGGGAACCUGGUGAUGCAUCAAGAGUCAACGUGGGUGCUAGAUGACCAUAUUGUUUCCCAUAGUCCCAGUGACUCUGCAAACGAGGCUGAGGAACAUGUGCUUGAUCAAUGCGCGGGCUAUGCAUUCACCUCUAAUCCUACAGAAGAGUCAGUGUCUCAUGUGAGCUCAUGCAAAGAUGAUCAGCCACCAGUGUCAGUUUCUGAAUCUUCAUUGGGCGCAGAAGAUGGCUGUUCAGGAGGCUUUGAAAAAAUAAGCGCAGAUCUGCAAGAGCUGAGGAUGCAACUUCAACUUCUCAGGAUAGAAGCCACAAACAAUGAUGAUGAAACCGCUUUGUGGAGCGAUAAUGGAAUUUCUGCCAGCUGCAAACCACAUAAUGAGGCUGGUCAGAUGUCCAACACCUUUUGGGAUGCGGAUGAAAGGGAUUUUGCCUAUGUCCUUGACAUUCUCACUUGUAUGGGUAUUCAGAGCAAUGAGCAGGAGUUUCUACUGGAUGCAUGUUAUUUGUGGGAGUAUCCUGCUCCUGCGAGCAGUGACGUUUAUGAGAGCCUUGAAAAGAAGUACGGGAAGUACAUCCGAUGGCCGCAAUCCGAUAGGAGGCUCCUUUUCGAUCUGACAAAUGAUGCCCUUAGGGGUGUGGUAACUGUGGUUACUUGUCUGGAACACAGUGGGAUGCGGAAGAAGCGGCAGUCCAAAAGAAGGGGUAAAGAUAGUGUUUUGGACCAUGUGUGGGAAAGGGUGUGCCGACAACGGCAGGAAGCAGAGUGCUUCCAGGAGGAAAGGUUGAUGGGUGUAGAGUGGUUGGACUGCGAAGAUGCCACGUAUCAAAUUGCAGGAGAGCUGGAGAGCAUGCUAGGCGCGGAUCUCCUUGAAGAAGUGGCCGAGCUGCUGCUGUGACUGGGAAAGUCCAAAGCACCAGUGCUCCUAUCCUCUAACAUGUAAUGUGAUACUAUUCCAUACACUGGUUUCUCAGCAACUCCGUAUAUAGUGCAGGCCAUAGCUUGUGUUACUGUUACGAUGAGUGAUCGAUGUUGCGAAACACCAUCUGGUGGCUUGCUGCAUUGUAACAGGUAACCUGGCCUAGUAAUAAGGCAUGAUAUACAUCGACAUACACAUACCAAUUCUUGCAUCUGACUAGCUAAAGUUUAGAUAGUGUCUGUCGAUCCACUCAUUGUUAUCUCUAUCAUAUCAUACUAGUACUAGGAUAGGAUAUGUAGUACGGCAGGCAGUGACUCUCUUGAUGUUGUUGUUAAGCUAUUGGUUUCAGAAAAAGGAACAAAGGCAAUCGAUGUCGAUAA